AGCGGAUAUUAAUUUAUGUCUUUCCUUACGGAUCGCGAUAAUUGAUGUGGGAAGUCGAAAAAGCACUUAAAAUGCUCUGUCAGGACUUAAGAAGAGCAUAAACGCAUGUCAUUGAUGUCGAUGUCAAUCGUUUGAUGGCUUUUGCUUUGCUUAUGAUCCAGAGGUUAUUAUGUUGAAGAUUACUGCAAUUGUAUAUUUGUUUGAUAUCCUUUUCCAUUCAUUUACUGGUGGAUUGCUGGCUUGCAAAAUAUCAAGCAGUUCAGGCAACAAUUCGCGCAUGGCUGUAUUAGAUAUGGGGGAAAAUUUAACAUUGAAAUGUUCAGCUGGUCAGUUACAAAACAAGACAACCUCCCUUGAGUGGGAGAAGCAUUAUGUGUCCAUAGCGACUAACCGUUCUUUUAUUCAUAUUGUCAAUUCGACUUGGAAAGAUGCUGGAAAGUACACAUGUGGCGUGUUUCAUCAAAGCAAUCUGACAUUGUGUUCGUUUUUGGUUAAAGUAAGAAGCCCACCACACAUAAAGUUUGGUCUCUAUGAUGGCAAGUAUGGUGUUUUCAAAUUACCAUGCUAUGCUAAAGGAUAUUUUAAACCUGAUUGGGUGAAAUGGUACAAAGAUGAUGUGCAGAUAUUAUCAAAUAGCUCGGAAUUUGAAAUUUUGAACAGGAAUAUUGACAAAAAUUUGUACGAAUCAAGUUUACUCAAAAACUAUCCCAACAUUUCUGACACUGGGAAGUAUUCGUGUGAGGCUGGGAAUGUUUAUGGCAAAUCGAAAAAGCUUCAUUUCCAUCUGUCGAAAAGGACAAUUUUAGGUUACCACAAGUAUCCUUGUCCACGCUUCAACAACGAGCAGACGGAAAGAAAUGUGACAAUCGAUACAGGAUCGUCAAAAUCCAUCAUUUGUAAAGUUUUUUAUCAUAAAUACGACCAUAAUCGAGCAAAAUUUGUUAUGUUUAAAAAAAUAAACGCCUCGCUCUUUCCCAUUUUGCCAAAUCAAGACAAUAUGAGCGUUUUUACAAUCGAGAAAAAAGAGUCGAGAGACGCGAUGGUUUAUCUUAUGAAUUUGACCUUCAUCAACUCUACAGCUUCUGUUGGUGGAACUUUUUUCUGUGCUGUUAUAAUGUCUGGCAAUCCGGAGUGUGAGAAUCUUUACAAACAAUUCAACGUGAAAGUGAUAACACACGAUGUCAAAAGUACAAAGAAACGGACAUUCAAUUUAAAAUUGGUUUUGAUUGUGAGUAUUUGGGAUCUUUAAGUGGGUUUUUGCUACUUGGCUAUGUUGGCUUUUAAGA